AUGCCCCAGCCGUCCUUGCUGCUGGAGGGCAAGAAGUUCAUGAGAGUGAAGGGUGAGGCGCGCCACGUGGUCGACGCUUUGAUGAUCUUCAAGGAUGGCAUCCGCCCUGAGUGGGAGGAUGCUGCGAAUGCGGCCGGGGGUCACUUCACCUUCCAGUUGAAGGCUGUCAUCGGCGGCGGGGUGAUUGACGAGUACUGGAACAACAUUGUCCUCGGCGUGAUUGGGGGCUCGGUUGAGCCAGACAUCGUGACGGGCUUGCGCCUCGUCGACAAGUUGGGCAACAAGCGGCAGCCCCACCUGAGGAUCGAGGUGUGGUUCUCUAACGUUGCAGAGACCGAGAAAGUUGACAAGUUGCAGCAAAGCCUCGAGAA